AUGAGAAGUGCAGAUAUCUCGUGGUCCAAGUUGAACAAAGCAACACGACGGCAUCGAGCUGAUACCGAUGACUCGAGGCGAUAUGGUCCCGACUCGCUCUAUACCGUGACAAAGAUUCACACGGUCGAACAGAGAGUGCAUCUCGCACGAGCCAUUGCCAACCUCAAUAUCAUCUGCGUUGCGCGGCACUUCUGGCCCCCUACAGUCACUAAACCAAGCUUCUCGGCCUGA